CUCUCAACAAUCGACCCGUUUCUUCGUCGUUCUCCGCCCACAGAGUCUCUGUUCUCUCUCUCUCUGUUACGCCCUUCUGUUCUGCUUCUGCACUGCCAAACCCUAGGGCUUUCUCGCAAGUAUUUUCCCCUUCAUCAUCAAUAAUCCCUACAUUUUCGUCUCGAAAUCGCCUAGUUGUCUUGAAAUUUUGACGUUCCCGGAGAUAGCUUCGUUUUGAUUCAGACCGAAUUCGAUUUUAGAAGGAAUUUACGCGGACGGAUAUCUUUCUUGAGCAAUGUAUGUGGCUGCGAAGUUCCGAUCGCACGCUAAGCCGGUUUUGGAGUCCCGAGCAAUUCUUGGACCCGGCGGGAACAGAGAUAGGGUCCCUGAGAAGCCGAGAUGCAAACACGAGACGACGUUGACGAAGACGGAGAAGCAGAACAAGGCACUUCCGGCGGUUCCGGAUUCGGUUAUUCGGGAUAAUGUCUCCGUCGGUAGUUCAUGUUCUUCCGAUUCUUUAUCAAGCAACUAUUCGGCCAAAUUGUUGAAUCCGAAAGUGAAGCCCUACGCCGUGAAACCUGUAAAGGCUGUUGCUGCCGGCAGUGAGGCAGACGCAACCACAACGUCCCCCAGGCACUCCGUUCCGCGUAAACGGUGUGAUUGGAUAACGCCUUAUUCUGACCCACUUUACAUCGCUUUUCAUGACGAAGAAUGGGGAGUCCCAAUUCAUGAUGACAAGAAGCUGUUUGAGUUACUUGUAUUAUCACAAGCCUUAGCAGAACUUACUUGGCCCUCGAUUCUUAGCAAGAGAGACGUAUUUAGGAAAGUUUUUAAUGAUUUUGACCCAUCUUCCAUCGCUAAGUUCACAGAGAAUGAGUUUGCAACACUAAAAGUUAAUGGCAUCCAGGUUCUGACUGAACCAAAGCUUCGUGCAAUCGUGGAGAAUGCUAAUCAAGUACUCAAGAUUCAACAGGAAUUUGGUUCCUUUAGCAACUACUGUUGGAGCUUUGUUAACAAGAAGCCUAUACGAAACAGAUUUCGAUAUGCUCGUCAAGUACCCGUAAAGACGCCGAAAGCAGAGUCCAUGAGCAAGGAUCUGAUCCGGAGAGGGUUCCGAUGUGUCGGGCCAACCGUGGUUUAUUCCUUCAUGCAGGUUACCGGAAUUGUCAACGAUCACUUGGUGAAUUGCUUCAGAUAUCAAGAAUGUGAUGCAAAUGUAAAAGACGAUAUGAAACCAAGAGUAGAAGAUCUGAGGUUGGAGUUGCAUAACGGAGCUUCGGAGAAGCCUUGCUUGUCAAGAUCUUGACUAGAUUGAAGAAGAAAGGUUAUCUCUAACUAAUCUUACAAAUCACUGUAAUAAAAUGUCGCUGAUGUUGAACACGUGUAGUGCUGAGUAGUUACGUUUGAGUUCGUUUUUGUUCAGAAUUUAUAAUUUGCCUUCUUUGUAGAUGUAUUAACAUUGAUUUUAUGCAUGAUUUAAUUGUAAUUUGUAUUAACAGACGACAAACCCAUGUUGGUUUCCUGUAA